CCGCGUGAAGCAAGGCCGCCGAAAUAAUCUCCUCGUGCCCUCACCCCGCCGCCUCUAGGUUCCCCCUGCCGCCAAGGACCACCACCACCGGAGUCUCUCAAAUGAGAACUCGGAGCAUGGCGUCCCAACCCGAACCAGGCCCCUCAACCCACGGGACGGCGGCUCCUGCUCCACCGCCAGCCUCCGUGAGUGCGUCCACCCACGGGACGGCGGCUCCUGCUCCACCGCUGGCCUCCGUGAGUGCGUCCACCCACGGGACGGCGGCUCCUGCUCCACCGACGGCCUCCGCGAGUGCCUCCAUCCACGGGACAGCGGCUCCUGCCCGCCCCGUCCACCAUGCCACCUUGCAGAGAUGCGUGACCCUCAUUGACUGGUGGCUGCUGAGGGGUCAAGGCGGCAAGAUCUGUGUUACCGGGUACAUCGACCCGAUUUUUCGGAGGAAACGAUCAGUUCGACUAUUCAUUUCUAGUCCCAUUACAGUGCGGCAUGCUGAAGGUACUCUUGAGACUGCAGAUCACAGAUUUGUAUUAACUAGGGGUCCAUUAAACAUCAAAAAGAUGGAUUGCAAUGGAUUUCCUUCUGAGGUUUCGAAUCAGUUCAGGCUUGGUUUUCCUAUUCAAUGGGAGAAAUAUGUUAAUUCUAACAUGAAACAGGCGAAUGAACACACGCUAUCUCCAGAAAAAUCAACUGAAUAUUCUGUAGAGGAGUUCUUGUGCGGCAGCUUUGCCAAUUCAUUGGAACAUACUUUGCCAGGGUUUGAUUUCAGAACAUCUAAAGAAUCUACUGGUAAUGCAGAUGGACCUGGGCUUCCAAACUAUGUAAAACCAAGAGUUCAGGAACCUUUUGGCAAUAGUGGUGAUUAUGAUAACUCAAUGAGUAACAUGGCUGCAUCUGAGGGAUUAUGUAAUGAUAGGGUUGGUAUGCCUGAUGAAUCUUUUGAAGAUCCUGGACCUGGAGACACAUGUAAUGGUCAAGCAUCUAGAGCAGAUAAUUCACAUGAAGAUACACAGACAGAUGCAAGUGGGAAGAGGAUUGUUAGUCACUCUGUGGACUCUGCUUUAGUUAGUAAUGAUAUAGAUAAAAUAGAAGAAGAACAUGGACCUUCCAAGUUGGGCAACAACUCAGUGUGUCCCGGAACAGAACAUGUGUUAGAAGUACUAAAUAAAGUGGUGAGUACGGAGCAUGGAAGUGUUCAGUGUCCAAAAAAACUACGGAGUGGCAAAGUGUACGAAAUGUCUGAUGGUGCUUCAUCGAAGAGGGGGUACUCCAAGAGGAAGGCAAUGCAGCACGAAGCAUUGAGUAUGAAGGUGAUACCAAAUGAAGAGACAGCACCACCUGCCGGUCCGACUAGUCGCAAAAAGGGUGCCUCAGUUGCUCAAAUCACUGCUUUGGAUAAGCUUCAAUCACAUGGUCCGGGUCGUAAAGAAAAAACUGCUUGGAAUUGCCAAUCUGGAAUUGCCAACCCAGAUUCAGCUGUUUGGGGUGGUAUAGGAUUUGGGCUAGGGAAAAUUGGCCCAAUUCCUAACGAGUCAGCUGCGCACCUCCCCCGCUCCCCGCUCGUGAAAAUUUUCGGAGCUCACGAGCCUGGAAAGGCUCGGAAACGUCCGCUCCCUCCUCUCCCUCCCGUCCGCGCACCUCCCCCGUGGCGGCUACUCCGGCGGCGGCGACUCUGGUAGAUCCGCUCCCUCCUCUCCACAAGAGUUGGUUGCCUACAUUACCGAGGAGAACAAAAGAAGAAAAAGAAAGAGGAUAUUGUGGAUGACUGGAACAUGAAUAGACACCAAGAUAUCAGAAAAAAUGGGCCAUCUUGCGGACUUGUUCUUUCUCUGACAUAAAGGACCAGGACAUAUUUGUGUGUUUUAUGUAGGCUAACAAGGAAGCAUGUGCCUAUAGGAAUAAGGUAGUCCACAAUUGGAAGUCUAUUAGUAUCAUAUA